GUAGAUACAGGGCUGAUCUGUUAAACAAGUUGAAGAAUGUGUGCAGCAAGGCUAUUGGAGAGAAGAUGAAGAAGAAGGAACCAGUAGGAGAGGAUGAGACAUUGCCCGAAGGUCUGCAAGAAGAUCUCGAAUCUGUCAAUCAGGAAAAAUUAGCUUCCCUCACAGUGACACAGAUCAAGAAGUUACGAGUGUACAUUGACGAUCAGACAAAGCAGAAUGAUUCUGAUCUCAUCAAACACGAGUCAGAGAGGAAUGAGUCUCUCAAAGAAAUGGGCAACAUUCUCCAUGAGUCGUGCAUUGUCUCAAAUGAUGAGGAUGAGAAUGGAAUUGAGAGGACAUCAGGAGAUUGUGAAAGUAAAAAGAAAUAUUCUCAUGUUGACCUGAUAGUGAUGAUAGAUGGGGUAGAUGAUACUAGAGGAUCCAGUGUAGCAGGUGGUAGAGGCUACUAUCUCAAGGGACCAGCUGUGUUUUUAGAGCAAGCACUGAUCAACCUAGCAAUGCGGUUAUUAAACGAGAAAGGUUACACCCCCCUGUAUACACCUUUCUUUAUGAGGAAAGAGGUGAUGCAAGAGGUGGCUCAACUCUCACAGUUUGACGAGGAACUGUAUAAGGUCAUAGGUAAAGGAAGUGAAAAGCAGGAAGAUGGUAGUGUAGAUGAGAAGUACUUGAUAGCAACAUCGGAACAACCUAUUGCCGCCUACCAUCGUGAUGAAUGGGUUCCUACAGAAACCUUGCCCAUUAAAUACUGUGGUUACUCGACUUGCUUCAGACAAGAAGUAGGAUCCCAUGGUAGGGAUACUCGUGGCAUCUUCAGAGUCCAUCAGUUUGAAAAAGUUGAACAGUUUGUACUGACCUCCCCUCAUGACAACAAAUCAUGGGAAAUGAUGACAGAAAUGAUCACAAAUGCUGAGGAAUUCAACAAGCAGCUUGGAAUACCUUAUAGAAUAGUCAACAUAGUUUCGGGCGCUCUGAACAAUGCUGCUGCUAAGAAACUGGAUCUUGAGGCCUGGUUCCCUGGAUCAGGGGCAUUCAGAGAGUUGGUUUCCUGCUCAAAUUGUCUCGACUACCAGGCAAGAAGGUUAAAGGUCAGAUAUGGCCAAACCAAAAAGAUGAAUCAGGAGGUAGAGUAUGUACACAUGUUAAAUGCCACAAUGUGUGCCACAACUAGGGCCAUAUGUGCAAUCCUGGAGAACUACCAAGUUGAAGAUGGCGUGAUAGUGCCGGAAGUUCUACGUGACCUUAUGCCAUCACAAUACAAGGAAAAGAUUCCAUUUGUAAAAGCGGCUCCCAUUGACGAGCAGGAAGUUAAAAAACAAAAGAAAAGCGGGAAGAAAGACAAACCGAAGGACGUAGCUGAGAAAAUGGACAAGAUGGCAAUAGGUGACAAUUAAAACCAUGACCAAUCAUUUAAUGAUUUUAUAUCACAACCUUUACAGUGUGAUGACAGACUUUUAAUGUUUGUGAAGAGAUAUAGUGGAACUAUGAAGUAUAUCAAUAUUACACAGCAGUUUUUGAAGUUUUUGCAGUUUGCCGUGUUGCAAUUUAAACAGACUUUCUUAGAAAGUUACGGAAAGGUUCUUGACUUUUUGUUUUGAUUGUUUAAACUUUUUUGUUUUUGAGAUCAUUUAAGAAAUGUAAGAGACUUAGAUUUGACUCUACUAAUAAGUGUAAAUAAGAAUAAUUUUAGUAUCAGAUUUUCAUUCUAUGAUAAUGCAAAAUGCAUUCUAUGAUAAUGCUGGCACAUGAUUCUGGCACCUGUUGUAAGAAUGUGAAACAGGGCAAGCUGAAUUUCAAAUUAAGAAUAAAUUCUUUAAAAUUUUAAUAUAUUCCUGUACUCUGGUUCCAGGUGAGUGAUGAUACAGUGUUGAUUUACAUUCAUAAGCCCACCUACAUACAUGUCAGAUUGACUUAGAAAGUUAGAGGUUACUGUCUUUAAGCAAAUGACUUGAACUUUAAUAACUCUGUACUUUAAAAGGCAAAAUGCAACACUUAAUCAUUAUGAAGUAAAAUAAUAAAGGUUAAUAUUUCAUGUCAAUUUGCAGGAAAAUAUAAAUAUCUUGGUAUCAAUGAAGUACAUGCUAAGAUAAUCAGUAAUCAUUUUAUUUAUUUUAGAAACCAAUUUUACAAACUCUUUUAUGUAAAUAAUAUUGUCUUUCCUCUAGGUCUAAGGUGUAAAUGAUGAACUGUAAUACGAUACUGAAUUCAUUUUCUGUUUACUUUUUAUUAAAAAGGAAAUUUUGAUUAUCUUUUUGUUGGUGACAUUAAUUCCCUAAUUAUCAAGAGUGUGGUCUUAAUUAUGGACAGUUUUCAUUUUUGUAACCAGAUUCUUAACUGAUUACUGAUUUUUUGGCUUUCAGAAUUAAAUUUUAAUUUUUGUUUUAUGUAUAUGUGAUAUUUUCUAAACUGAAAUUAUUUGAUUUCUUAUAAAUUACUUUAUUUUUAGCUCGACUAUUCGAUAAGAAUAAGUAGAGCUAUUGCAGUCACCCGAGCGUCGGCGUCUGCGUAACCACUUAUGUUAAAGUUUUUGUAAUAGUUCAAAUAUUUUCAAAGUCCAUUGACAUAUGGCUUUGAAACUUUGCACACUUGUUCACCAUCAUGACCCCAACCUGUAAACAGGAGGAGGUAACUCUAUCAAGCAUUUUGACAGAAUUAUGCCCCUUUUUCGACUUAGAAUUUACGUUAAAGUUUUUGUAAUAGUUCAAAUAUUUUCAAAGUCCAUUGACAUAUGGCUUUGAAACUUUGCACACUUGUUCAACAUCAUGACCCCAACCUGUAAACAGGAGGAGGUAACUCUAUCAAGCAUUUUGACAGAAUUAUGCCCCUUUUUCGACUUAGAAUUUACGUUAAAGUUUUUGUAAUAGUUCAAAUAUUUUCAAAGUCCAUUGACAUAUGGCUUUGAAACUUUGCACACUUGUUCAACAUCAUGACCCCAACCUGUAAACAGGAGGAGGUAACUCUAUCAAGCAUUUUGACAGAAUUAUGCCCCUUUUUCGACUUAGAAUUUACGUUAAAGUUUUUGUAAUAGUUCAAAUAUUUUCAAAGUCCAUUGACAUAUGGCUUUGAAACUUUGCACACUUGUUCAUCAUCAUGACCCCAACCUGUAGACAGGAGGUGGUAACUCUAUAAAGCAUUUUGACAGAAUUAUGCCCCUUUUUCGACUUAGAAUUUACGUUAAAGUUUUUGUAAUAGUUCAAAUAUUUUCAAAGUCCAUUGACAUAUGGCUUUGAAACUUUGCACACUUGUUCACCAUCAUGACCCCAACCUGUAAACAGGAGGAGGUAACUGUAUCAAGCAUUUUUUUUACUAUCAAGCACUAAGAAUAGUCGAGCGUUGCUGUCCUACCGACAGCUCUUGUUAAAACUAAAAGUUAUUUCCAAAGAAUAAGGUAGAAAUUAUUGACAGAAAUCAACAUUAUUAAGGAGUGUGGACCAGGCUGUUGUUUAAUUCCAUUUCUUCAUAAAUGUUUGAUGGUAAGACCACAGGUGCCCAUAAGGGUCUAAAAUAAUGCAUGGAGGGGCACAGGAGGUUUGAUUACAAUAUAGCUGGAAAGUUGCCAUAUGACCGUAAUCGUUUUGGUGUGACUUACAAACCAACACAAAAUAAUAAUGUUAAAACAUUUGAUAAUCAUCUACCUAGCUUUUUGUAGAAGAAAGUCUGUUUGUAAUGCAUGGAUUGGUAAAAUCAUGGAAUGCCACAAUUGCUGUAAUUGUUUUCUUUUAACAUGUGGGAACAUGCAGGUGUUAAUGUUUCAAUGUAAAAUGAGAUAAAAUAAUAGUUAUCUGAUAGAAAAAAGGUAAAACAUUAUUUUAGGAAAGAAAAUCUAAGAAUAUUACUUUCAAAAGUAAAACCUUGAUUGAUUGUUGAUUGAUUGUUGAUGUUACAUUCCAGAUGUAGAAAAUGUCGAUAUUUUAAGGAAACAUUAAAAUACAUCCAUCUUUCAAAGAAAAUGAAUUUUUUACUUGAAAUUCAAAGAAAAUAAAUUUUAUCUUGAAAUGCAAAGAAAGAAAUAUCUGAAACAAGGGAAGAAACCUUGUCUUUAUUUUGUCUCAUUGAUACAAGAGUUUGCUUUCACAUAUUUUGUUUCCAUUUAUAAAGAAAGUAUUGUAACUUUGUUGUUUGUGCUGGAAUCAAGUCAUCGUUGAUACUGUUGUAAUGUGGACAUAUGCUUAUUUGCAUACAUAGCACCACCCUAUAAAUAUGGCAGAUUGACCUAGAUAAUGCUAGAAAAUAUGAAUUCAACUUUGAUGGCAAUGGUCCUUUGAAGAGGCCUUCAGCUUUUAUUUUCUGUUGGAAAAACAAUUCUGUGUUGUUUUGAACUAAAUAUUUCAGAAGUUUUAUCUUUGAAAAGUGCAUCAUAUUGCUGUUGAGCUUUCUUUACAUCAGUGUCCUGUGAGUUAUUUAUCAUCUGUUUCUAAAAAAAGAAUGUUGGGAAACAAAUUUUCGGCUUUACUAAAUCCAAUACACAGAGGGGACUAGUAGAUAAGAGGUAUUGAGGGGUUCCCUUAUUGUUUAUUUGUUUUAUCUUCGGCAAAUUUCAUUUUCCACCUUAAUUCUUUUUAUUUGAAAAUUAAUCUGUUGAUUUAUCUAAAGAUGACAUAUUAGAAUAGCUGAAGGCCGCUUUAACUGAUAAUACCAGUAGAAUAAAUGAAAGAAAGGCCUUUACUGCAAAAAAUAAGUACUACAGUGCUUAUAUGGACCAUCACUCUGCAAACUUUCUUCUGUUGUCAAUAUUUCAUGCUGUUCUACUUACUAUGUUAAAAAUUGCUUAGCACAAAGAUUCUGUGGUAUAAGGAAAUUAUUGAUGCAAGGUUUUUUGUUAAGGUGUUGAUUACUUUGAUAUGUAUUACGAUGCUAAUUUAUUAUAAAAUUGUCAUUAGAUAACAAAAAAGUAUCAUCAGUUAUUAUUUAUUAACCAAUAAAUCGUUCUUCAAGACAA